CCACAGGAGGCCCCAACACGUGGGUAAGAUGGUGCUGCUAACUGGAGCCACCUGAAGCUCAGUUCCUGCACCUGACCUUGGAGGAAUAAAUAGCCAGGAUCAUCACUCUCUCCUCAUCCUUACAAUCUCUGGAGGUGGGAUAGUGUGGCUCCUGCUUUAAAAGCCAUGGGGUGGUGGUGGCGGUUUCUGCUGGGGCUGUGGGCAGUGCCCCCCACGUGCACUGGGCGUGAGCUGCUCAAUGUCUGCAUGAACACCAAGCCCCACAAGCCGGAGCCUGGCCCGGAGGCUGAGCUCUAUGAGGAGUGCAUCCCCUGGAAGGACAACGCCUGCUGCACGGCCAGCACGAGCUGGGAAGCACACCUGGAUGUGUCUCUGCUCUACAACUUCAGCCUGGCUCACUGCGGAAUAAUGAUGCCGGACUGCCAGAGGCACUUCCUCCAGGCCAUCUGCUUCUACCAGUGCUCCCCCAACCUGGGGCCUUGGAUCCGGCAGGUGGACCCGCGCGGGCAGGCGGAGCGGGUUCUGGACGCGCCCCUGUGCCUGGAGGACUGUGAGCGCUGGUGGGCGGACUGCCGCACCUCCCACACCUGCAAGUCCAACUGGCUCGGCGGCUGGGCCUGGAGUCGGGGGAAGCCCCGCUGCCCAGAGCGGGCCUCCUGCCGCCCCUUCCCGCACCACUUCCCCACGCCUGCCAACCUGUGUGAGCGGAUCUGGAGUGGCUCCUUCAGGGCGAGCCCGGAGCGCAGGGGCAGCGGGCGAUGUCUGCAGAAGUGGUUCGAGCCCACCCAGGGCAACCCCAACGCGGAGGUGGCCCGCCGCUUUGCCAGCCCCGCGCGCUCUUGGGCGCGCUGCCCGGAGCUCCUGGCCUUCUCUCUGCUCCUGCCUCUUCUCUCCUGAGAGCCCCCUUCCUCCAACACCCUCUCCUGCACCGCCCCAGUGGGGGGCCCGGCCGCGGCAGCCUUCUUCCUUGGGACCUUCCUUCAGUCCCUUUAGGUUUGCUUUGCUGGGCCUCUCUGGCCUGGAAGUCAGCUGGGGGCCAGGAAAGCACCAGAGACCAGCCCCUCCUGUCUUAAGGCGGGGGACUCUGAUGUGGGACCCCAGGCCCUUCUUACCCAGUGCCCACCCCGGCUCUCCCGGCAGAGCUGAGGGGGACCACCCUG